CUGCCUCUCUUCUCCAUUCUCCACCUGCCCUUCGUAUUCUCGACCAUCCUCUCUCUCUCUCUCUCUCUCUCUCUAACUCUCUCUAAGAAGAAACGAGACCAACCAGUAACAGAAAACUUUGCAUUUGAGAGGAGAGAAGAGGGAAGAAUGGAUCAAGUGUACGAGCAAGGAGUGACGGCGACGGGCAAGAAGCCCAAGACGAAGAUUGUUUGCACUCUGGGACCCGCCUCGAGGUCUGUGCCCAUGAUCGAGAAGCUUCUGAAGGCCGGCAUGAACGUCGCUCGCUUCAACUUCUCUCAUGGAUCUCACGAUUACCACCAGGAAACCCUAGAUAAUCUCGGGCAGGCCAUGGACAACACCGGAAUUCUCUGCGCCGUCAUGCUUGACACCAAGGGUCCGGAGAUUCGAACUGGAUUUUUGAAAGAUGGGAAACCCAUCCAACUGAAGCAAGGUCAGGAAAUCACCAUAUCCACUGACUAUAGCAUAAAGGGUGAUGAGAACAUGAUCUGCAUGAGCUAUAAAAAGUUGGCUGUGGAUGUCAAGCCAGGGAUGGUGAUACUUUGUGCUGAUGGUACCAUCUCAUUUACAGUUUUAAGUUGCGAUGUGGAAAAGGGGUUGGUUAGGUGCCGAUGUGAGAACUCCGCUGUUCUUGGUGAGAGAAAGAAUGUUAAUCUCCCAGGGGUUAUAGUGGACCUCCCAACCUUGACGGAGAAAGACAAGGAAGAUAUUCUGCAAUGGGGUGUUCCAAAUAAGAUUGAUAUGAUUGCUCUGUCUUUUGUAAGGAAAGGUUCUGACCUGGUAGAGGUCAGGAAGCUACUUGGGAAGAACGCCAAGAAGAUCCUUCUCAUGUCCAAGGUUGAGAAUCAAGAAGGUGUGGCUAAUUUUGAUGACAUCCUUGCAAAGUCAGAUGCAUUUAUGGUGGCACGAGGUGAUCUCGGAAUGGAAAUCCCCAUUGAGAAGAUCUUUCUUGCACAGAAGGUGAUGAUCUACAAGUGCAACAUCCAAGGAAAACCUGUUGUUACAGCAACACAGAUGUUGGAGUCCAUGAUCAAGUCACCCCGACCAACUAGAGCCGAAGCCACUGAUGUUGCAAAUGCCGUUCUUGAUGGUACUGACUGUGUCAUGCUAAGUGGUGAAACGGCUGCUGGAGCCUACCCUGAACUCGCAGUUCGAACCAUGGCUAAAAUAUGCGUAGAAGCUGAGAGCACCAUUGAUUAUGGGGAUGUCUUUAAGAGGAUUAUGGAACACUCACCAGUGCCAAUGAGUCCUUUGGAAAGCUUGGCUUCCUCUGCUGUGAAGAUGGCCAACUCAUCAAAAGCAACUCUUAUACUAGUAUUAACCAGGGGAGGAAGUACUGCAAAACUGGUGGCCAAGUACAGGCCAGGCAUGCCCAUUUUGUCUAUUGUCGUCCCUGAGAUCAAGACCGAUUGCUUUGAUUGGUCAUGCAGUGAUGAAUCCCCAGCAAGGCAUAGCCUGAUUUUCCGAGGGUUGGUUCCGGUUUUAAGUGCAGGAUCUGCAAGGGCCUCUCAUGCUGAGACUACCGAAGAAUCUCUCGAAUCUGCCAUUCAACAUGCCAAGUCGAGGGGCCUCUGCAAGAGUGGAGAUUCUGUUGUGGCUCUUCACCGUGAUGGAACUGCCUCUGUCAUCAAGAUCUUGACUGUCAAGUGAUUAUCAGAUACACUUAAAUUUUUGAAUUCUCUUUUUCCAUGUUUUUUGUUUUUGCCAAAGGAAAAAGGUCUUUGUUAUUGUUUUGGCUGGGGUUGUGAUACACCCUCAGAUAAUUUUGCUACUACGUUGUGUUUCGGGAUAGAAACACAUUACCUACCAUUUUUAUAUACUCCCAAGUCCUAUCUAACUUAGCUGAAUUAUUAAAAUAUUUUCUCAAA